AUGUCUUGGGCUUCGAAAUCAACCGCAUCGAAUCUUCAUCAUAGCCAGCAUACCCGUAGUAUCAUCAGGUCACUUCAUAGGGCAGUCCCUGGCGAGNNNNUUGUAUAUAAGGAGUGGACGAAUGAUCCGGCGUCCGUUCCGAAGGUCGUGGACGUAUCCAAGUUCUUCAACCCGCAGUCGUUUUUGACUGCGAUUAAGCAACUGUGUUGUCAACAGCAAAUGUUAGAGUUGGACAAACUGAUGGUAUUCACGGAAGUGACCAAGAAAGAAAAAUCUCAGAUUGAGAGCUUCAGUCGAGAAGAAGCUUAUGUGACAGGAAUGUUCCUCGAAGGAGCGCGUUGGGAUAUCAACGGGAAUUGCUUGGAUGAGUCCAAGCCAAAAGAAAUGUUCUGCAAAAUGCCAGUGAUCCCAAUCUACUGUACCCCGCAGAGAAGACCAUAUUUCGUUUUCGCUGCGCAAUUGCGUACGAAACACAACCCGGCUAAAUGGGUGCUUGCGGGUGUAGCUAUGAUUCUCGAUAUCGGUGUAGCCGUUUGA